AUGGAGGUCAUAAGAAGGCUCAUUCUUUUGGCCCUGUUCAUUGCCUACUGUUUGGCAGAGCUGAAUCCCACUGAGGGUGAAGCCAGAUCAAGCUGCACGGCCAAUCUGGGAGGGUCCAACCAGGGAGAAAAUCAUAAAAGCCAAAUUCUGCAACUCAAUGAUGAUGAGAAUUGCACCUGGACAAUAGAAAUACCAGAAAACAAGAACAUCAGAAUCAUCUUUUCCAAUGUCCAGUUGAAUCCAGAUGGAAGGUGUGAAAGUGAAAACAUUAAAGUCUUUGAUGGAAGUUCUACCAGUGGGCCUCUGCUAGGGAAAGUCUGCAAUAAAAAUGACUUUGUUCCUGUCUUUGAAUCAUCAUCCAAUUCAUUGACUGUUCAAAUAGUCACUGACUCCACAAUAAUCCAAAGAACUGUCUUUGUUUUCUACUACUUCUUCUCUUCUGACACCUCUAUUCCGGACUGUGGGGGCUACCUGAGCACUUUGGCAGGGUCCUUUACCAGCCCCAAUUACCCAGAACCACAUCCUGAGCUGGCUUAUUGUGUAUGGCACAUACAAGUGGAGAAAGGUUACAGGAUAAAGUUGGAUUUCACAGACAUUUUCCUGGAAGUAGAUGACUACUGCAGAUUUGAUUUUAUCGCUGUUUAUGAUGGCUCUUCCACCAACUCUGACCUGAUUGGACAAGUCUGUGGUCGUGUGACUCCCACCUUCAACUCUUCCUCAGACUCCUUGACUGUUGUGUUAUCUACAGAUUAUGCCAAUUCCUACCGGGGCUUUUCUGCUUCCUAUACUUCCAUUUAUACAGAAUACGUCAAUACUACAUCUUUAAUUUGUGUCACUGACAAGAUGAGAGUUAUCUUAAGCAAAUCCUACCUAGAGUCAUUUAGUUCUGAUGAGAAUAAUUUACAACUAAAUGAUCCAACUUGCAGACCUGAAGUAUCAAAUGUUGUGGAAUUUGCUAUCCCUCUGGAUGGAUGUGGUACAAUUAAAAAGGUAGAAGACCAUUCAAUUACUUACACCAAUAUAAUCACCUUUGUUGAGUCUUUGACUUCUGCAGUGAUCACACGUCAGAAACACCUUCAGAUUAUUGUGAAGUGUGAAAUGGAACAUAAUUCCACAGUGGAGGUGAUGUACAUAACAGAAGAUGAUGUAAUACAAAACCAAAAUGCACUAGGCAAAUAUAAUACAAGCAUGGCUCUUUUUGAGUCCAAUUCAUUUGAAAACCCUAUCGUAGAGUCUCCGUAUUAUGUGGAAUUGAACCAAACUCUUUUUGUUCAAGUCAGUCUGCACACCUCAGAUCCAAACUUGGUGGUGUUUCUGGAUACUUGUAGAGCCUCUCCCACCUCUGACUUUGCAUCUCCAACCUAUGACUUAAUCAAGAGUGGAUGUAGUCGAGAUGAGACUUGUGAGGUAUAUCCCUUAUCUGGACACUAUGGAAGAUUCCAGUUCAAUGCCUUUAAAUUCUUGAGAAGUCUGACUUCGGUGUAUCUGCAAUGUAAAGUUUUGAUAUGUGAUAGCAAUGAUGAUCAAUCUCGCUGCAAUCAAGGCUGUGUCUCUAGAAAGAAAAGAGACAUUUCUUCAUACAAGUGGAAGACUGAUGCCAUCAUAGGACCCAUUCGUGUGAAAAGGGAUCGCAGUGCAAAUGGAAACUCAGGACUCCUGCAUCAAGCACAUGCAGAAGAAGCUCAGAAACAGCCUUUCAAUAGCUUGCACCUAUUUUCAUUCAUGGUGCUUGCUCUGAAUGUCGUGAUUGUGGCCACUAUCUCAGUGAGGCAUUUUGUAAAUCGACGCAUGGACUAUGAAUACCAGAGGCUGCGGGGGCGCUACUAA